AUGUUUCGUCCUUUUCGACAACGCACAAAUGGAAACCAUUUAACUUCAAUUUUAACGUCUUCGAACUUUGUACAGAAUUCUAACUUCUCUUCUGGUCCCUCUGGACGUGGGCGUGGUGGAGGGGGGACGGUUUCAUUGGGUGGAAAAAGCUUUUCGUUAAGCGAGAGGCUUUGGGCAAAAGAAGUAGAAGGUCAAAAACCGCGGGAAAGUCAACCAAAAACUGUAGAUUUUGAACCUGCUCAAUUCGAUGAUGCAUUAGAGGACCGAAAGCAUUUUCAAAGUAUAUCCGAGCCAAUAGCGGAACCGUAUAGAGAGGAAUUAAGAGAAAGGCAGUCACAAGGAAGAGAACGACAACGUCAUCUAUCAGAUCCGCAACGAAAGAGAAACAUCCUGAAUUCAUCAUAUUCAGGUGGCCGAUCUAGAAAUACUAGUGAUAAUUUCAGGCAGCAGACAAAAUUUUUCAAAGGUGUGAGACCUCGACAAUUUGAUCGGUCCAAGAAAUUGCAGUCGAAAGAUUUUGUCACAGAAGAUAUCGAUUGGGCUGACUUUAUGACUUCCCAGAUCAACAACAGUUUGAACAAUUAUUCAAAGAACCGAGAGGACGAAGAGACGGCAUUGAUGUUAGAGUCUCAGGGAGGUGAUUACGAAAGAUAUUUACCUGCAUCUGAAGACAUAAUUGUAGCCCGGAAUGGAGAUACGACGACCUUAGAUCAAAGAAAAGAUAUAAAGGACACAAUCGUGAGUCAUAUGAAAAUUAUUAAAACCAUUGUUGGACAAAAUCCUUCCUAUUCGUUAUCCGAUAAAAUGUCGUUCUAUCAAACAUUGUUCGAAAGCGAAGCUCUAAAACCUUUUGAAAAAAGAAACCAACUUCGCGAAGAUGCUUCCAGGCAGCUCGAGCAAGCGCAGCAAAGCAACUAUCCGGCCUAUGUGAGCAUGCUCUGCACGGAGCUCCACAAUGAGCAAGCCGCAACAUAUAUCAGAAAUUCGGCUGGAUUGGCUCUAAAGAAUUCGUUAGUCUCCUCGGAGGCUUCAAGGAGAAACGAGAUUACGCAGCGGUGGUUAAAUAUGGAUGAUGAAACAAGGCAACAAAUUAAACAGAUGGUUUUGGCAACUUUGGGUUCUAGCGACCAGAGAGCUGCUUCUACUGCCGCUCAAGUCGUCUCUGCAAUUGCUGCCAUUGAACUUCCCGCGGGGCAAUGGACCGAUUUAAUGAAGAAUCUUUUAGAAAACGUUACUACCACUGAUAAUAGUCAACUUAAGAUAGCAACGUUGACAGCUAUUGGUUUUGUUUGCGAAUCGAUCGAUGCGGAAAUUUUAGCGGCACAAUCUGGUGCGAUUCUCACUGCCGUUGUGUCGGGGGCCAGGAAAGAAGAACCAAAUCAAGAAGUAAGAAAGGCAGCGAUAGAUGCUCUAUACAAUUCUUUAGAAUUCAUUCGCGAAAAUUUCGACCGAGAGGGUGAGCGUAAUUACAUUAUGCAAGUUGUAUGCGAGGCUACACAAAGUUCUGAGGUCAACGUACAGGUCGCCGCAUUUGAGUGUUUGGUUAGGAUAAUGCAAAUCUAUUAUGACAAGAUGAGGUUUUAUAUGGAAAAGGCCUUAUUCGGUUUAACCGUCCUCGGUAUGAAACACGAGGACGAGAGGGUGGCAUUACAAGCUGUUGAAUUUUGGUCGACUGUCUGCGAUGAAGAGCUCGAGUUAAUGAGUGAAGCUGCAGAGGCCCAAGAAACCGGAGAGCAACCUGAUCGUUUAAGUCAUAAUUUUGCAAAAGCUGCCUUACCCGAGAUACUGCCUGUUUUACUCUGGCUUCUCACAAAACAAGAUGACGAAGCCGAUGAAGAUGAUUGGAAUGUUUCAAUGGCUGCGGGCACUUGUUUGGCCCUCUUGGCACAGUGCGUCGAAGAUGCCGUCGUUGCACCUGUGAUUCCGUUCGUGGAGAAUCACAUUCGCCAUACUGAUUGGAGGUUUAGAGAGGCUGCUGUUAUGGCCUUUGGGUCAAUCCUGGAAGGCCCAGAACACAAAUUAUUGACGAAUCUUGUGAAUCAAGCUUUACCGGUGUUGAUAGAAAUGAUGCGCGACCCAUCUCCUCAAGUAAAAGAUACCACAGCUUGGACUCUUGGUCGUGUUUCGGAAUUGUUGAUUGAAUGUAUUAAACCGGACGUUCAUCUUCGUCCCCUUGUAACUGCGCUUGUGUAUGGAUUGAAGGAUUCUCCACGCAUCGUUUCUAAUUGUUGUUGGGCCUUGAUGAGUCUAUCUGACCAAUUUGGUAGCAAGGAGGUCUCUCAGCCCACAUAUCAUUUGUCUCCUUACUUUGAAGGUAUUAUCACUGCUCUACUUGAGACGACCGAAAGAUCAACCAACGAAUCUAAUUCUCGAACGUCUGCCUACGAAUGCAUUUCUAUCCUUGUUCAAGGAGCUGCAUUGGAUUGUUUCCAAACUAUUCAGAAAUUGACCGUUACCAUACUUGACAGGCUCGAGGCUACAAUCCAAGCACAGAACCAAAUAGUUGGAAGCGAUGAACGUCUGGCUCACUCCGAACUUCAGUCGAAUCUUUGUAGUGUCUUAACUAGUAUUAUACGCAAACUAAGGACAGAAGUUGGUCCUUUUGCCGAUCGAAUAAUGACUGUACUGUUAUCCUUGUUUACCACCGCGACAAAACAUUCUACUACUCUUGAGGAUGGGUUUCUUGCCGUGGGCGCCGUUACCACUGCUAUGGAGGCUGACUUCGUCAGAUACCUCGAAGCAUUCGCUCCAUUCCUUUAUGCGGCGCUUUCCAAUCACGAAGAAUAUCAACUUUGCUCUAUUGCCGUUGGGUUAAUUGGCGAUAUAUGCCGUGCUCUUCAAGAACAGUCAUUACCAUACUGUGAUACUUUUAUGAAUGUUCUGUUACAAAAUCUUCAGAGUCCAGUCUUGAAUCGAAACGUCAAGCCUGCGAUUUUAUCGUGCUUUGGCGAUAUCGCACUUGCCAUAAGUGGAAGGUUUGAGGUAUAUCUAGAAGUAGUGAUGAUGGUCCUCGCGCAAGCAAGCAAUAUGCGCGCUACAGAUGGUACAAACUACGAUAUGAUAGAUUAUGUUAUUGCGCUGAGAGAAGGAAUACUGGAGGCAUAUGUUGGUAUUGUGCAGGGCUUGAAGACUGGCGAAAAAGCCGAUUUACUUUUGCGAUACAUCGAGCAAAUCUUUAAUUUCCUUAAUAUGACUUGGAAUGAUCACGAGAAGACUGAAAUCAUCAUUCGUAGCAUGAUUGGUCUUAUCGGUGAUUUAGCGGAAGCUUUCCAAAAUGGUCAGAUUAAACAAUGGUUCCAAUAUGAUUGUGUUACACAGGUGUUGAAAGAAGGUCGAAAUAAUAGGUCUUUACCAAACGGAACAAGAGAAGUCACGCGAUGGGCUCGAGAGAUGGUCAAGCGAGCAACUCAAUGA